CUGUUGACGACACUCACGUCUUACUUACGUAUUUACGUACACUUGACGUCUGACGUUAUCUGAAGGACGACGCAUGGCACAUUGAGACGGAAGUGUUGGAAAAGUAGUGUUUCACUCUAAUUUCAGAAAUAUUUAGUCAAAUAAAAGACACAGUAUAUUGAUAAUAUUGAGCCAGAACCAUGAUCAGCAACUGCUUCAUCUGUGUAUUUGCUGUGAUGAUAAACAAAGUGUGUUUGCAGGUCACAGUCGAGGCUGUUGUUGGUGGUUCUGUCGUCCUGCCGUGUUUUUCAGCUCAACAUGGUCAUACACUUCAAGAUAUUGAUGUGAGCUGGAGACACAAUGGCAGCAAAAUUAUAUUUGAUAUCAUUCCACACAGUAAUGCACCAGUGACAGAGGACUCAGAGUACAAGAACAGAAUUGAAACCUUCCCUCAGGAGUAUCUGAGAGGAAACUUCUCCAUCAAACUCAACCAUCUUCAACACACUGAUGCAGGAAAAUACAUUUGUUUCAUCACACAGUCAUCUGAAUUUCAAACUGUACAGCUGAUCAUCAAUGGAUCAAUAUCCACUGAUCACGGAGGAACAGAACAGGAGGAAAUGGUGUCGUCACUGUCUCCGCUCUUGGUUAGCAUUAUAGUACCAGUGUUGCUGUUAUGUCUGGUUGUUAUUUUAAUUGCAGUUUUCUGGAGAAAAAAGCACUUAGACAGCCAGACAGCUGGAAACGGUGUGAGUUCAGCCACUCCUGAGGUUGUGAACCCUUCUGCACAAUAUAAACCAAUAAAGACUGAUAAUCAUGAUGAAGCAGUCGGUAAUUAAAAAACUACACUUUCCUGCAGCAACUGCUUGAGCUUUUGCAUUAAACAUUGAGUCAGAGGAGGUUGGUGCGGUGGAUUCGGGUAGAAAAAUAAAAAUAAAGUCUAGUAAGCAAAUGUUUUGUUUGAAGAACAGAAAACGGGUAGAAUUAGAGUGUUUCUGUAUCUUCCUUAUGAGCAUACUAUAAGGCUGCUUGGCAAUCUCUAGUGAUGUGGUCAUUCAUGGUUUUGGAAUUCAAGUAAAUUCUCAAAAAUUGUUCAGUAGCUCACAAGGUGCUCUACUCAUUCAUGUUUUUGCAGGAAAUGGCAUUUUUCAAUGCAUGCCAUAUCUUUAAAGGACAGAAGGUCUCAUAGUAGCUAGAAGGCUUAAAAAAUGCCCUUGAACUGAUAUGAAUUUCCAAGCACAAAGGAAAAGCAACUAUAGUAAAACAUGAAUCGUUGGCUUGGCUUUUCAGAAAUCUGUUUAGUUUGCAUAGAAUCACAUUUGCUGUUAAAACAAUGUUUAUGUUGGUAACAUUGCCUAAAUAGCUUUAUAACAACAGCACCAUGUAAACUACUUACCUGGUCAUAUAACAUUUCAUGAAUAUCCAUUUUAUUUCAUUAUUUAUUUAUUUUCAGGAGUGUUCGAUGUUUUGAUAUUCUUAGCUACAUUCACACUAAGACAAUCGCCUGUAAACAUGGGCUCAGUUUGUUGGCUUGUUCUGCCUUAUAAAAAAAAAAAAAAAAAGCUACAAUGUUGCUUUAAUAGCUGUUUUUAUAUUUUACUUUUGUACCAUUUGUCAUUUCUUAUUUAUUUCAUGUUUCAACUCCUUUUAGUUACUAGUGUGUAUGAAGUGUCCUAUUUAAAUAACCUUGCCUUGCCUCAUGGCUUUAUAAGUUACUUUUUUAGCUAAAUGUUUACAUAUUUCGGAUGUACUGUUAUAUCCUUGCCUUAUGCACUGUUUUUAUUGUGUUACAGAAAGAGAUGUUGAAACCGGUACAUUUUUGGCUGAAGUUGUAAGACAGAUAAGCCUGUCAAUGAUAUAAACAUUUAUACUGAACAUGUUUUAUUUGUAAGAACUGGUAAAUAUAUUUUAAAUGUACUACAUUGUUCUCAGGUAUACACGCUGGAAAUGAGGACCAUUGUGUUUCAUUGUAUGUACACAAGCUCUUUAUGUUCAAGAUCCAACAAAUAGUGUAAAUAAAAUAGAAUCUGUCGAA